AUGAACGAAGAGGUUGAGUAUAUAUAUGAUGAUGUCGAAUUAGAAAAUAAUGAAGUCACAAUACUAGAAUACAAACCUGGUUGCCAAGAGUUUGGAGGGUUUUGUAAUAGAAAUGAAUGGAUGUAUUUAAUUAAUGAUAAUAUUAUGUUAUUAUAUUCAAUACAAGACAAUGUCAUUAUUGAUCAAAAAACAUUUACUAGUAAUAUUGUUUGUGUCGAAUCUUUCAAUAAAUAUCUUUUCAUUGGUUUAGAAUCAGACACAAAAUUAAUUGUAAUUAAUUGUGAAACUAGUGGAACAAUCAACAUCGAACUUUUUCAUCCACCUUUAAAAUUAUCAAAUAUUGGAUUAUAUCCUCAAGGUCUUCAAUUUUUAGUACUUAGUGAACCAUUCAAAAUUGAUGGAGUUGUUCUUUCAUUACCUGAAGGAUCUUCUCAUUGUAUACCUUUAUCUUUACCAACAUUUCAAGGAGGGACAUUGCUACCAGAUGAAAAAGAAACUGUAAGAAAAAGUAUUCGAUUAUCAAAAACACCAGUAAAAGCUCCUCAUGUAAGAACAUCACUUACUGGAGAAAAACCUUAUGAUAUGAAUUUUAUAAUUUUACCAGAAGAUGUUCAUGUUUUUCGAUUAGAUGGUAAAGUUAUCACAAUUGGAACUAAAAAUGGAUUCUUACUACAGUACCGAUGGGAUAAAAAUAUCGAACUUGUAAGUUCACAAUUUAUUGUUCCUCAAUGUAGGAGUAUUGUAGGAUGUAGUAUACACAAAGAAUUUUGUGUUUGUGCAUCUAUGAAAAGAGACAAAGAUGCAUGGGGAACAGUAUUUCUCACAUAUUAUAUUUUCACUGAAGAUGAUAUUAGUGCGUAUAAAUGUUAUGAAUAUGUUGGGUAUGAAUUUGUAUCUAUUGAUUGUGUUAAAGAUGAAAAAGGUACAGUAUACUUUCAUACAAUUUUAUUAAAUUUAAAAUUUGGUAGUUAUGAAUCAAUACUUUAUGAUCUUCAAUUUAAUUUAUUCUCUCAAGUACGUUCUAACGUUCUAGGAGAUAGCAUUAUUAUUAAUUCUCGGUAUGAACCAUUUUCUGAAUGCCCUUUUAAUGCUUCCUUUUUAAGUACUAUUGGAAUAAAAGAAAAUUUAUUUUUACCUAAAACAACUUGUAUUUUGUCACGAAAUCCAGAUACUAAUAAGUAUCGAGUUCAAAGGUUAUUAUCAACAUGUAAAAUAUUAGAUGAAUUUAGACUUUAUCUCACUGAAGGUUUACCAUAUUUCUUGUUAUAUAAAGAAGUCCCAAAAGAAAUUCUUGAAAAAUAUAUAGAUUUUCCAAAAAAGUUAAAAAUUGAACGUCUUCUAAAUAGUCAAUAUGAUAAAAAAACAUUAUUUACUGAAGAAAUAGCAAUGAUUUUUGAGUUUGAUGUUUUUGAUGCAACAUUAGACUUAAUUGAACAAGAUAAACAAAUAUCAGAUUCUCAUAAUCAACUUAUUGAUCAAAAUAAAUUAUCAUUAAUGCAAAUGAUUAUCUAUAACCAUUCUAUUAAUUAUAUGUCAUUUGUUCAUACUCUUUUUGAAAAAGACUCUAUUAGAACUGUAAGAAAAGAAGAAAUUAAUUUUGCUCAUCGUCGGCUAGAAAAGAUUCAAGACUUUUUUCAGUUAUUAGAAAUGGAUCAAUCAUUAAUGAAAAAAGAUAUUGCUAUUUUAUUUCUAUUACAACAAUUUUAUCCAUUUUUUGAUAAUUUUCUUGAUGCAAAAUUAUUACAAGUUGGUAGAAUUAUGAACUACAUAUGUAAUCAUAUUAAUUAUCAUACUGAUAACGAUUUUUGUUCUCUUAUUAAAGAUGGGUUUAACUUUGGAAAUGAAACACUAUUUGCUUGUAAACUUCGUUACAUUAUUGAACUCGACGAAAUUAGAAAUGAUUUUGACCCUAAUGCAUUCUUUCCAUUUUUACGAGUUGCUGUUGAUGAAAGAGUACAUCUUCUUGGUGGAUCAUUUUAUUGUUUUGAUUUUUUACGUAACCAAAAUGAUAAUGGAUACGCAUUAGAACUUUUUAAGUUGUUUGUCAAAUACAAAUGUUUCAUUAAAGUAACUUAUAGGUCAGAACUUCCAAAUUGGAUCCAUAACUUUAUCGAGGAAUUAGUAAAGACGAAUAUUCUUUCAAAAGACUUGGCACAUGAAUAUAUUGAUUACUUAACUGAAAUGGUACAAAAGGCUCGUGCUCUUGUAGGAGAUUCAGCCAUUCCGUUGGUCGUAGAAAAUGAUGACAUUUUUGGUAUUAAUGAUGAAAAACAAUAA